AUGCGCUCUGAUCACCGCUCCCACAGGCGAAUAGCUCGUUAUAAAGCAGAACUGUCUACGCGGCCAAAGCGCGCGAACAGUGAUGCCACAACGAGCAGCACCGGUUCGGGUUCGGACAUGUCUGCGUUUGGCGACAUGGAUGUCGAGCCACCGGUGAUAGAGUAUCAGCCUGACGACCUCGAUGAACCCUUGUCGUGGGCGUUCCAGGAUGGUGAUCCAGUGUGGGUCAAGACCGAGGAAGGGGAGUGGCUCCAGGGAACCGUUAAUGGCAAGAGCACCCGUAGAGGGGCCACUCGGCAGAAGGAGGGCGUGUUCUUUCCCGUGUCCUUCCGCAUAAGCUCGCGGAAGUACUUCGCGCCUUUGAAUGGCGACGUCAAGCCUGAUACCCCGGAAGUGAGGCGACUGUUACUGGAGGGCGGCUGGCUAUAG